AUGGUUCAGAACAAGGGCCUUAUCUUCAAGCAAAUCCCCACGGGGUGGCCGGUCCCAGGAAAGGAUCUAGUCGUUGAGACGCGCGAAUUCGAUCUCAACCAAGCUCCACCUAAGGGCGGGAUUACGACCAAGAACUUCUAUGCCUCGUUUGAUCCAUAUCAGAGGGGGAGAAUGCGUGACCCCAGCAUAAAGUCGUACAGCCCUGCUUUCGUCUUGGGUCAGCCGAUCAACAACAACACCGUUGCCAAGGUUCUCAAAUCCGACAAUCCGAAGUUCAAGGAAGGGGAAUUUAUCACUGGCAUGCUUUCCACCGAGGAAUACUCGGCUGUUCCGAAAGAAGUCACGGAGUCGAUGAUCCAGAAGAUUGACAACCAAUAUAACCUCGACCUCAAGAUGUUCCUCGGACCCCUGGGUAUGCCAGGUUUGACAGCAUAUUCGUCCUUUUACGAAAUCGGCAAGCCGGUUAAGGGUGAAACCAUCUUUAUCUCGGCCGCAUCCGGAGCCGUGGGUCAAAUUGUUGGGCAACUCGCAAAACAUGAAGGUCUGCGCGUGAUUGGAUCUGUUGGAUCCGAUGAUAAGCUGGAGUUUAUUACCAAGGAGCUUGAUUUUGACGGAGGUUUCAAUUACAAGAAGGAAAAGCCACUCGAUGCAUUGCGACGUCUCGCGCCCAAUGGUGUUGAUAUUUACUACGAGAACGUCGGAGGGGAGCAGCUCGAUGCAGCCCUAGAGGUGAUGAAUGAACGCGGGAGAGUCAUAGCUUGCGGCAUGAUCUCACAAUACAACCUUGGACCAGAUGAGAAAUACGGUGUAAAGAACCUCAUGUAUCUUGUCUCAAAACGGUUGACUAUGCGGGGCUUUAUUGUUGGUGACAAGGAUAUGGGACCUGUCCAUUUCGCGGACCGCAAUCGGAAUGUCGCCAAAUGGCUGCAUGACGGUACCUUCAAGGCGACUAUCAGUGUUACAGACGGUAUUGAUAAUGGUCCCGAAGGGUUCACUGGCAUGCUUGAAGGAAAGAAUUUCGGCAAGUCUGUGUUGAAGAUCGCUGAUAUAGAGGUUAGUACUUCUAGACUUUAG